CAGGCUUCGAGCUCACACACCCGCCAUGUUUGUUCAGUUCAACAACCAAUCAGAUGCAAGAAAAUUCUCGGAAAACUUUAACAUCCGGUCUUCGAAGAAAGCGAGCUGUGGAAGAGCCAUAUGUUUUUUAGCAAAUUCUUUGGCGAGUUUUGGUCUGUGCCCCAAAAGCAUGCUUGAAUUCCAUGGACUAAUUCAUGUGCUAGUUUUGCUGCCAGCUACAUGUACAAUAUAUCAUGUCUCAGGAGAUGGCAAAAUUCCCACUCCCAAGAAACCUAAACUGGCUGUUUUUGGUUGGCCUAAUAUCACAUCUGCGACUGCAUCCAUGGAAAGCAUACCUAUAAAAGGAACCAUCCAGUAUGACUUGUUUUACAACUUGACAUGUCCAUUCAUGUGUUUCAAUGCAAAUUGUUCCAUGGCUGUAGUAGAUCUAAGCCCAGUUGAUGGUUGCCAUAUAAUGGAAAAUCAGUUAUCAAGUUCAUCCAAGGUUUUAAGCUGUACUAUUUGUAACAGCACUAAGGAGUGUGCUCAUAUGAGGAUUUCAAAGGACCAUGAUUUGUGUUUGUGCCUAAGGGUAAACACAUCUUUUGGCUUUGCGCAUAUCUGUAUGGAGCGCAGUGUCAAAUAUGAAAUCUUAUUUCCGCCACCAAAGAAUAUACAGCUUGUAGCAACAGCAAAGAAACAACUUACUGUUCAGUGGGAACACCCAGACGGAAUAAAACCAAAGGGAUCCGAGAUGAAAUAUAAACUAAUUUUGCGGGAUCAGUUUGGGAAAUGUUCAAAUAAUAUCUUUGAGAUUAAGUCUGGAAAUAGGAUGUUCAACUUUAUCAAUUUAAAUCCAUGGGGGAAGUAUUCUGUGACUAUCUGUGGCGGGCUUCAGUUGUUACGUAUUUCAGUAAAUAGAGCAGCAUGCACUUGUGGUGAUGACCAUCACAUUCCAGGAGGGCCAGUUUUUACCCGUACAUUGCCUGAAGAGCCAAGUGAGCAUCCCUUGCUAGAGCCAUGUCAGGCAUUUUGUGAUGACUCAAACUUCACCGUCAUCCUGAAAUGGAAGGCAAGUAAGAACUUAAUAAUGAAUGGCAUUCCGAAAACCUCUGUAAUCAGGAUAUUCAAUCAGUCAUCUCCUGUUCCUACCACUGUCUUUGCUGUUCCACUGGAGCCUAAUUACAAUGGCUCAUUAGAGACACUCACUAUCAGAAACCUCACCAUCCACUCUAGGCACAUUGCUAAAGUGCAGUUCUGUUCAAAUGGUGGAUGUGGUCCAGACAUUGCACAAACAUUAGGCUGUGAUGUUUGUGAAUCUUUGAGAGUUCCAGGUACAUCAUCAGGAACUCCCUCGGACUCAAAGAGUGCUAAAUGGCCAGCAAUUGCUGUUGGUGUCUCAGUCUCUGUUUUGAUUGUAGCUGUUAUCUAUGCAGUCAUCAACAAGAAGAGGAGGUCAAAAAACCAUCAGGCACUCUGCAAUGUGAUAGGAGAUUUGCAACCUGGAAUUUAUGAAGAACCUGAGUCUACAGACAUGACUUCAGGAGAUGCCACUUAUAAUUCACUGGAAUCCCUGCUGCCUCCAAACAACAACCAAUCAGAGCGGUGGGUUUAAUUCUGCUGGCAUGACUCUCUACCAGUACAUAUCAGGGACUUUACAUGCAUAACCAUGAGUGCAAUGCUGACAACAAAUGAAUUGAUAUUUUACUCUAACUCGUGAGUCUUGCAACUACAACUAUACAAUAACUAAUAGAAGCUAUUUAGGGGAGGGUAGUGAUAGUGUAGCUGGUAGUACAUUUAUUUGCCUUCCACCAAUGUUGUUCAAGUUCAAUUUCGGCCUGGUGCCAUAUGUGGGUUUAGUUCGUUGUUGGUUCCCGUCCCAGUUAGUAGGGUUUUUCUCUGGAUCAGUUGUUUCCCUCCCUUAAGAAAAACCAAUGCGUGCACUCUGUUGCAGUUAUAGUCUUCUUUGUUUCUGAAAAAUGCCAAGUUUUACCAAAUUUGAGUUAUUCUUCUAUUUUAGCUCAAAUUUACGUUAGGAGAUCACACAUUUUAAAUAAGGUAAAAGCAGCUGUUAAAAGAAUAUUUUUAACACUGCUAAUAUUUUACAAGUUGUCGUUAUUUAAAUGUUCCUGAGAGUGUUUUUGUCCGUUAGAUAUUAUUUAUCUCGUUUGAGAAAUGUAAUAUUUUAUUGCACCUCCUGUAUGUUUCUUCUUUAUCAUUUUAUUGGUAUUUAUACAAUGCAUAUGCAUUUAUUUAGAAACUUGUGUACUGUAUACAUUCAUUCAAUAUUUAAUUACAUUAUAAAUUGAUUCAUUAUUUGUUGUCAAAAGGUCAUGUAUUCUCAUCUCAUCUCUUCGCACAAACGUUAGGUAAUGCCUGUAAAACAAUGCAUUAGGUUUUCAGUGGUAUACGUUAAAUACAUGUACAUUUAAAUUCGCUUGUUAGCCUAAAAUGCAUUUGAUCAACUACCACUGAUAUUUAAUUACAUGCGUAGCCUCAAUAGCCAUACAAUCCAUGUACAGCAGUAAAACGUUUUAUGCCACGUAUGGUGAUGAUCUUUAUUCCUACGUACUAUAGAAAUACAUUUGUAAAAUUUAUUCUUACAAUUUUCGCAUUGUACUAAAUUUCGCGAUUUUCGCAUUUUGCGAAAAAUCGCGAAAACUCUCGAAAAGAAAGUGAGUGCCAAAAUUAAACUCCCGAAAUUCAAUAUCAAACCAUGUAAGACAGACAAUACAUGGCUUUAAAUUUCCAAGUCACGGGCACAUUGGUAUUUAUUGUUCAAUUUAGUUCUGUUCUUGAAAAUAUACAGUCUUUAUGGUCUUGCCUUCAACAAGUUAGCACUCCUUGUCCGAUUCUCUGUUAUCUGCUGUUUGUAAAUCCGCCAAAACCUCUUAAUUACAGUCAUCAAAUUCUGCAUUUGUAGUGAAUCAGGAUUUUGGGCGAUUAAGGCAAUUGCAAAACCGCGAAAUUAAAUCUGCUUGUGAAUAGUGUUUUUUUUUUCCCCUGGCAUCGAUCGCGACAAGUAUAAUACUCGUGAAUGACAUCUCCCAAAUCCUCACGAAAUUAAGUACACGCGAAAAUUAGUAAGAACAAGGUAAUUCAUCUCCCAGGCCACGUGUUCCUCUUAUAAUGCUUCUUUUUUUCUGAGCAGACUGGUAGAACAUAGUGCUCUUGUUAAUAAGUACACGUAGACAUAGACAAAUAGUCAGAGACAUUGACAAUUUAUUUUUACUUGGUCGUACACUCUGUGCUUCCCAUAGCCUUCCUAAGCAGAGUCUACAGGACGCGCCAGCUAAUUUGAGUUGUUACCUUUUGCCCUCCUGCUCUUGACACAAUAGUCGUCACGAUAUUUAUAUGAGUAUAUUUGUAUCAUGUUCAUUUAGAUAUACAUUGUUAUUUUAUUGCACUGUUGCUUGCACUGUUAGACUGUGCUGUAGCGUGUAGAGAAUUAUUUAGAGCCUUGCUGGUUAAGGCGUCAAAUUAGUAACAGUGUGAUUCAGUUAAUGUAUUCUUUAGAAAAUGAAAAAAAGUAUAUAUUGCUGUUAGGUUUACUAUUAGUGAUAAUUUUCAGGGAAACCCAUCUGUGUUCAGCAACUUUCAUGAAAGCUUCGAUGUGGGAGCCAUUCCUUGUAGUCACGCGUGUAGAACUCGCGUAACGUCUGGUCAAAAUAUUUAAAUCACGCGUAAUAACGUCAAGCUUUCGUAAAAGUGAUGAAGGCUGUAGAGUUUAUAGCCGAAACGUCUGAGUAUUAUAUGGGAUUGUAACGAGCGUAUUCAGUUGCUGGAAACACGAUAGAGAAGAAACGCCUUUCUUUGCCUUCUUUUGUAUUUCGCAUGUGUUGUCGAGCGAUUACAAGUUCUGGUUUCACUCCUCGUUAACUGUUUUCUCUCUAUGUAUUAUAUAUCGAGAGGAAACAGUGAAGUCAUAUAAAACUUACUGGAAUCGCUCUAAAAUAGUCUCAAACUCGACAGCGACAUAAGAAAUGCACAAAGGUAGCGAAGUAAAGUGGUUCAUUCUAUUUCUUUUCCGUAUUCCCAGCAGCAACUGAAUGCGUUCUUUCAAUUUCUCCCU